ACCGUACAAGACAUGGGAAAGUGUUGCAAGAAACAAACAAGGCCUUAUAAUCACUAUAGCAAUAGUUUCCAAUUCCGUGGGUUCCAUGGUAUAGCAAUAGUUUCCAAUUCUGUGGUUUCCGUAGUAUAGCUGAUACGAAAGUUCAUGAAUUCAAAGAUUCUACAGAAGCAUAUCUUCAGUGAAGAAUAUUCAAAGAUUCUACAUAAGCAUAUAUUCAGUGAAGUUGUCAUUAACUAAACUGCUGACCAAGAGAAAAGACCACAUCAACUAUCAUGAUGUGUGCAAGGCGUAGUGUUUCAUGAGGUAGGAAAUUUGUAGCAAAUUUCAUUGCCUCCCCUGAAUUUGAUCGACAUGGCAGUCAAACAUGAGCAAGAGAAUGGUUUGUUGCUUGAUGAUGAUGGGCGUACAAGAAGAACUGGAACCUUAUGGAGUUGCAUAGCUCAUAUAAUUACUGCUGUUAUCGGCUCUGGUGUUCUAUCUUUGGCUUGGAGUGUAGCACAGCUAGGAUGGAUAGCAGGUCCAAUUGCCAUGCUUUGUUUCGCUAUUGUCACCUAUAUCUCUGUGGUGCUCCUUUCUGGUUGCUACAGAUGUCCUGACCCUGUAACCGGAACACGAAACUACUCUUACAUGGAUGCUGUUAGAGUGAAUCUUGGCAAAACUCAGACAUGCCUUUGUGGUAUGUUUCAAUAUCUGUACAUGUAUGGGAUUGGCAUUGCUUAUGUUAUUACCACUUCAACUUGUAUGAGCGCAAUUCGACGAUCAAACUGUUAUCAUGAAAAGGGUCAUGCUGCACCAUGUAAACACAAGGACAUUCCCAAUAUGCUGAUGUUUGGAGCCGUUCAGAUUGUAGCAUCACAGAUACCUGAUUUCCAUAGCAUAAAAUGGCUUUCAGUCAUUGCUGCAAUCAUGUCCUUUGCCUACUCUUUUACAGGGUUUGGACUUGGCUUUGCUAAAGUAAUAGAAAAUGGGAUGAUCAAGGGUAGCAUUGCAGGUGCCCCAGCUUCUACUAGAGCUAAAAAACUAUGGCUAGCCUUCCAAGCUCUUGGGGACAUUGCUUAUUCCUAUCCAUAUGCACUUGUUCUUCUAGAAAUUCAGGAUACUCUGAAGUCACCUCCACCUGAGAACAAGACCAUGAAGAAGGCAUCGAUGAUUGAAAUGAUCCUGACAACAUUCUUUUACCUCUGCUGUGGAUGCUUCGGAUAUGCAGCUUUUGGCAACAACACCCCUGGAAAUCUUUUGACAGGAUUUGGAUUUUAUGAGCCUUACUGGCUCAUCGACUUUGCUAAUGCUUGCGUUGUUCUACAUUUGGUGGGGGGAUAUCAGCUCUUCAGCCAGCCAGUAUUCGAGUUCGCAGAACGUUGGUUCUCAGAGAAGUUUCCAAGUAAUGGAUUUGUGAACAAAUUCUACAACUUCAAACUCCCAUUGCUGCCUUCUUUUCACAUCAAUCUCUUCAGAAUAUGUUUUCGAACUGCAUAUGUUGUGUCAACUACAGCAGUUGCCGCUGUCUUCCCUUACUUCAACCAAGUUUUGGGACUUUUGGGGGCCUUGAAUUUUUGGCCCUUGGCCAUAUAUUUCCCAGUAGAAAUGUAUUUUGUGCAGAAUAAAAUAGAGGCAUGGACAAGAAAAUGGAUCGUUCUUAGAACAUUUAGUUUGGCUUGCUUGCUUGUAUCAAUUGUAGGCUUAAUUGGGUCAAUUGAAGGAAUUAUAAGUGCCAAAUUUGGCUGAAA